AAAAUGGUUUAAAAACAAAUAUGGCACCCAUGAUACGUGAGGUUAACUGGAGGAGUCCUUGAACUUCCGGAGCUUUUGGGCUUUUUUUGUAAACAUUAAAAUUCUGGAAGAAUACUUGCUACGACAUCUUCUCAGAACGUGACGUCAUUAAUUGGGUAGAUCCAGCGGGCCUAUAGACUCCAAAUAAAUAUAGCCUCCUAACAAACCACAAACGGAAGUAAAGGAAAACACGGAGGAUAAGAAAAAAAAGUUGGCAGACGAUUUUUAUCAUUCUAAUAUCAUUUGAAAAAGUCCAAAAACAGGUUAUUCUGUGGAAAGAUCCGACCGAAUUCCUUAGGUAACAAAUAACUUACAAGAAUAGAAAACAAGGUUUGAUGAUGGUGAAUCAGAAGAUCAGCAGCCAAUUUAUUAUUUGUAUUAUGAUUUUACUCAACUACACAGAUUCUGCACCAAGAUGGAGCUGGGGUAGGUUUGCACAAAUUGAGUCGCUGAAUAGUGAUGCAUGCGGAGAUGGACAUUGUGUUCAAAAAUGGAAAUGCCCACACUUUUCAAUUUUAAGUGAAAAAUGCACUUAUCAAGAUGGAAAUGAUUGGGUCUGUUGUUCAAAUUCUACAAUAAAACUUUCAAGUAAUACCAAGAAUAUUUCUGUUUCUAAUUUCCAAAACUUUCCACCAAUGGAGAACUUAACUUCUACCGAAGAUGAUUCAUUGGAACUAACAACAGCAAAAGACUACUUUUUAACAACAUCUAUUAAGCUGUUAAAAAAUGAUGGAAACACUGAACACAGCAACUAUAGUACAAGCAAAGAAACUACUGCAGAAACUAUUGUCAUGAAACUACUGCCAUAUUCCACGAAUUCUACUCCAAUUCCAAGCAUAGAUUUCUACGAUACUCAUCAUGGAGAUGAAGAAUUUGUAUCAAUAAGAACUGACGACAUUUUAAAUAAAACUAGCACCAAAUAUAAGCCAAAUGAGUAUUUACAUUCAAAUCAGCUUAUCAAUGAAAGUAAUGAAACAAUGUACUUAAACUUUACUAAAACUUUAAAUGAAAUGCAGCAGCCAGAAAAUUCGUUUAUUUUGCUAGAAAACGAACACUCAGAUACGCAAAGUGAGAAGUUUUCUGACAAAAAAGUAAUUCAGAAGAAAAAUGCGGAAUACUUUUGGAACAAACCUUACACGACGAAUUCUUGGAGUAAAAGUACAAAGAACUGGAGAAGUACUACAAAAGCUCACAAAACAUCAUCACAGAGUUCGUGGAAUACCCGAUACGCAUCGAAUGAGCAAAGUACUCGAUUUCGAAAUACAAAAACAACCACUCAUUAUUGGAUAAAACCAUCUAAAGACUAUGCACCCAAAAAAACUACAAGCGCCUGGGAUAUCGAUAUGAUAAAUUAUACGACAAAAACUUUUAGGCCUAGUGAACGAAACCAAAAUAGUAAUGGAAAAAGUAGUACCACUACAAAUAAAAUAACAACUAGUUUUCAUAGGAUAACUACAAAAUCUUCAUGGAAUAAAAAUACUGAUUCGGGUAAUGCUAAAUCGAGUUAUUCGACUCCAAAAACAACAACAACAAAUCAUAUUACUGGUACAUCGAGAGCUUGGAAUAAUAUUCGUACUACUGCCAAACCAAUUCCUAAUUCAACUAGAGGAACAACUUCGAGCAAAAGCUCAAUUAAAACAAGUACUCAGUUGUGGGAAAAUAAAUAUCAAAAUUCUCAAAGCAAAUCAACAUCUAGGAGAAGCCAGGAGUCUACUAAGCCUUUUUCAACACCUACAAAAAGUUCAUGGCAUCGCGAGCAAACCAUAGAUACUCGGAGGAAUAUUACUGUUGAUUCUAGAACUUUUAAUUCUACUUCGACAAGUUCUUCUAGAACGUUUCAAAAUUCAAGAACUAGUCCUUCACCGUUUUCUCGAGCAAAAACAACUAGAUCUUCUAUGGGUCCUCCAAGAUUGGACAAGAGCACAACAACUAAAAAACUAGCCGUAACAAAAUCUCCCUUUGACAAGAAUGGCAGUUCUGAUAAAUACAGCACUAACACACCAUUACCUGAUAUUAAUAAUGGAUGCUUUAGAAGUCACGAUGUUUCCAACACUCAAAAAUGGGCGCCCAUUCUAAAAUCUCUAGAUGUGAAGGCUCAACACGUCCAUGGUUUUUAUUUUGUAGAAUCCCGGGAAACUAAUACUAGAAGAGGAUCAUUCCAAAGAAUUGUUGGUGGAAAGGAAGCUGAACCUUUCACUUGGCCUUGGGUGGCGGCGCUUUAUAAAGUCACUUCAUCUGGAGGUAAUCGUUUUCUUUGUGCCGGAUCAUUGAUCAACGAAAAUUUCGUAUUAACUGCAGCCCAUGUUUUCACACCAGAUGAUUUAAGGACAUCCACGUUUGUGGUACUAUUAGGCACACACACUGGAAAGGAAGCCCGUGCUGAGUAUGUUGUUAUGAAUGUGGUACAGCACCCAAAGUACGAGCAACGAUACUAUUAUCACGAUAUAGCAUUACUGAGGUUGGAGCGUCCAGUAACCUUUGACGAUUAUGUUAUGCCUGUUUGUUUACCUUCUCCUUCGGUUCCUCUUUUUAGAGAUGAUGAUUUGAUUGGUAAAAAAGUGACCGUCAUGGGAUGGGGUGAUGAUGCUUUUGGAGGUGUGACGAGUCGAGUAUUGAAGGAAGCCACCUUUCCCAUUGUGUCUAGAGUAGAGUGUAAUGCCUCUUACAUCCAAGUAGUUUCGAACCGUUUUCCAAGAGGUAUAACCCAUGAUAUGCUAUGUGCUGGUUCACCUAAAGGCGGAAAAGACGCAUGUCAGGGAGAUUCUGGUGGUCCUCUGACUACUAUAGAAAAUGGGAGAUACACACAAGUAGGAAUAGUAUCCUUCGGCUUCAAAUGCGGUGAUAAGGACUACCCAGGAGUUUAUACUAAAAUAUCUUCCUACCUUAGCUGGAUUGCAGCAAAUGCUCGCUGUGACAUCUAAUCAAAGUGAACUAAAGCUUUGAAUCUGGCAAAUUGAAACCUUGGUUACUAUUUCAUUGAAAAUCAGACAACUUAACCUUGCGUUAGAGACAAGGCCGAAUAUUUAUUUGAUCAAUGUCAUGUACAAUAUACGGAAGUUUUUUUACCAAAAUCUAAAUGGUAAAAUAUAAUAAUGGUAAAAUAAAUUUUUUACCGAAAUUUUAAUAGUAAACUUGCUUUUGCAAUAAUACAUAAAAUAUACAGAAGUAUUUUUACUAAAUCUAAAUAGUAAAUUCACUUCCUCAAUAUUACGUAAAUCAUACCAAAAUGUUCUUACCGAAAUAGAAUGGUAAAUUUAUUUUAUCAGUAUUAUAUACGUACCAAAAUAGGCUUUUUACCAAAAUCUAAAUGGUAAAAUAUUGUCAACAUUAUCUUACCGAAAGGUAGUUGGUAAAAUCUAUUCAGUUAAUGUUUAGUAAAUUUUACGUAUAAAGCGUAUUGACUUUACCAAUUUCCCAAAAAUGUACGCUUAAUGUACGUAUCAUGCUUCAUACGAUGUAUUAUGUAUAUAUUAAAUAUGAUGUAUAUAUUAAAUGUAUAGAUUGACACACGAAAAACAAAGAUGUUUUUUUUCCCUUUUAAUAAUAUCAAUGUAAUAAUCUUUAGAUACCUAUAUAAUAUGUUUAUAAAAUAUUAUAUUAGUAAAAGGUAUUUAAGAAAACAACUUAUUCGCCUAAUUUAUUCUCGGCAUAUUCCAUUGUAUGUAAAUAAAUCAAUCAUAUAUCAAUAUUAUUGAAGUAUUGCGCAUUGCCAACUUUCUGCACUUUUUGCAGAGAAGUUUUCUAGUGUUAGUUAUGUUUAUGUUUUAUUGAAUUAUUUUUCAUUCAUUUAAAAUUAUUUUCCACAUCACUACACAUGAAUGAUUUAAAAGUUCAUAUGCAACGCCCCUUUGUUUCAGCUCUUUCGAUGUGAAGCUUUUAAAAUGUUGGCAUAAUUGCCAAAAGUUCCGGAAGCUUUGGUUUUUAAAUGUCUACCGCUCUAUAAAAUAUUUUGCAAAGAAGUGUAGUAGUUGCCAGGCCUGAACAUGAAAACUUCUCAUCUGAUUAUUUAUUAUCAUAUUGUAUAUUUUUACAUUUCCAUGCUUUAUGUUAGCAGUAUUAAUCUUUUUUUUCUACAUACCUGUGUUCCAUUUAUAGCUUUUUAACACGUUGAAUGCCAUUUAGGUCACCGGUGACCGGCACUGAGUUUGUUCGUAGAGCCACGGGGGUCGUCGGUGACGGGCGGAGCCAAGAUUAUUUAGAAACACAUGAUUCUAGUAAAUUUUUAAUUUUUUUAAAACUACUAUCGUUACUAAAAUGGUUUGAAGAAAUUAAUGCAGUAUAGAACACACAGAAAUUCAUCAUAAUUCACCACUUUUUCCAGAUAUGUCAUGCUAAAACUUUUAGAAAACUAGCGAAAUAUGUCCAAUAUUUGCAAAUUUAGUUUGUAGUUAUUUACCGUGUGGUCAGACGGGCAAGCCAUGCAAAAUUAUCCUGGCAUUCAACGUGUUAAAUUAACUUUUCUGCACAAUUAUAUUGAUGAUCACUGAUUCAUACUCCCAGUACAUGUUUAUUAACCUCUUCCAAACGGGCGAGUCAUUUAUGCAUUCUCAGGGUGUCGAUAAUCAGUGUAAAAAAAGAUAAAACUAGUAGCUAAACUAUUUUAAAGCAGUUUAUUUGUGGACGGGGUAAUAAUAGUUUGCUUCAUUUAACUCCCCACUACUUAGUUCGAAUUAAAAAUUGCAUAGUUAUACUUUUAACACACUAGGAUUGGAUGUGUUAGACUUAGAGUAAAAGCAAAAAUAAGUCUGUCAAAUUAGCUAUGCCCAAACCUAAGCUACCGCUUUUUAUUUUUUACAAUCCUGAUUCUGAUUCCGUAUUAAUACAUUUAUGACUCUCCCGUUCCGAAAAGGUUAAGCUUACUUUGUCUUGUAAAUGUGCGUUGUACUAAUUAGUAAUAAUAAAACAUACAUUGAAAAACUUUUAAA